AUGGCUUCCUCUCCGCCAAAUCGGCCGAGCGUAUCGCCUCUGUCUGAUCACCGCGGUAGCAUGCUCGACACCGCCAGCGACCCGGCCGCGCAGCUCGAGGACGAGGAUGCAGACAUUGGCGACGAUGGCAGCAGCAGCCUCAGCGAGCCUGAUGACGAGGAAGAUGACUUUCAUACCGACGCCAUCGCACACACAGGACUUGCGGCGCAUGCGUCUCUUGACGUAGACUCCGAGGCCGAGACUGAGCGGUUGGACCAGACGCCCCAGAAAUCUCGCCAACAAGGACAACAGCAUGGCAAAACGCCGUCGAAACUGGUGCAUACAUCCGCAGUGGACGACGAAGAUGCUUUGGAUGACCUGUCGGAGCCUCCGUCACCAAUUCCAACCGUGCCGGGAGGUGCUUCGAGCACGAGCACCACUGACAACGCUGGCAAGAAGCGCAAGCRGACAAAUUCGGCAGGAAGCUCAUUGAGCAGCCCACAGUCCGAAGACGGUGAAUCUCCGCGUAAGAGGAGCAACAGCUCUGUUGAACACGAGAUUGCGACAGAGAACGAGCCCGCAGCUAUUGCAACUAUUGAAGACACAAUCGAAGAAAUUAUGCCCACCGCAGAAGAUCUUGACGUGACCAUCGCGGCCGAUCCCCCGAAGCCAGGCAAGAAAAAGGGUGGGAGACCUAAAGGAAAGGGCAAGAAGGAGGUAUUGAAAGAGCCUGAGCGUGAAGCAAUAGAUGACGCACAUCCAGACGACGAGCAAAGUGAAGAAGGAGGCGCGAAGUCGAAGGAUGAGUUGCUCCGCAAACAACCUGCGUCCACCGCAUUCGACGACAUUGCAAAACAAUUUGCUUUAUACMGCCAGAAAGCACAAAACGAUCGACUCGCAGAACUAGAUGCCGAAAUUGCAAUGCUCGCGACAAAAGGCGAAUGCAAGCAUCCCGAAUACCUGCGUCAAGUCGCGUGUGUAGACGCGCGAUACGCGAAGCAAGUGGACGAAACGCGCGCCUAUCGCAGGUUCAAGACGGAAAGCAUUCGGCGAACGGCCCUCGGCGAACGCAGUCAACUGCACAGUCAGUACUAUCAGCACACGCGUGAGCUACGCGAGAACGUCAUGGUUGAAUUGGGCGAGGACUGGUAUGGCAWACAAAAAGAGCGGCGAUUGGCCAACCAGAGCAACGACGAGUUGUACAUGCGCAAGUUCCAGUCUAAGAAGGGUGUGCAAAUACGGCACCAGGCGAAAUACAACCAAGAGGUGUCAGUACUGAGUGGAGUUGCGAAAUACGUCGGCUUCCCUGCUGCACCGGACAUCACAGGCGCCGAGGGCGACGCGAUGGACGACGACUUGAGAGCUAUGAAGAUCACCAAGCGUGCUACGGUGCCGGCAGCACAGCCUGUCUACUUCCCCAAUCGAUCAGGAUACAUGCAGGCACCGCAUGAUCGCCUAGCCCACGAGCAGUUCAUCGAACAGACCCCAUGGGCGAGACCGCAAGGCCCAAUAUUGAACCAUGGACUUCACGGAACUCCCAACCUCACACACACCCCUGACUGGCAGAAUGGCGGAGAGCGGGAAGGCGCCGCGCACAGUGCUAGAAACAUCAUUCGCAACAUGGGAUCGCACAACGGAAGCCCAUAUGUGACCCCGAAUCCACAGCGACGCGCUCCCGCGGAGCAUUCCAGUGCGGGUACUGUACCUGCGAAUAGUGAUCCAGUAGAGGCGCCAYCGUCGAGCAUAGGACCGCCGUCGGAGAGAGCAGCAACACACUACUUUCCAGUUCGAGACGGAACCAUGGGAUCUCCCCUGGCCGUUCCCAAGCCCAGACAGAACGGUGCAGAGCGGGAACUUACAGGCUUCCGAAACAUCUCCAACAUAUCUGGAGCAAGCACAAUAUCUCUCGCUCCAGAUUCGGCAGAGAAGGAUGUGGACGCAGCGGCAAGAAGAGAGGCGCUUGCUGGUCUGCCGGACGUAGUCUCAGCACCGCUGCAAGCAUUUGACACGAGCCAGUUGCAUCGUCAGCCUCUCAGUGGAGAUGGUACCAAGAGGAAUGUGCCAGAAACGUAUCCCAACACGUCGUUUCGGCCACAGGACGGCGGGUUCCUACCCCUACUCCGUUAG